UGGCAAAGGUCCUGCGUGCUGCAUUUGCAGGCUCUGCCCCAGCGAAAUAGAGCAACUCCCCCCGAUCUGUGGGCUCCGUCUGCCGCCGGAGGGAGGGGGGGGGGGUCCGCGAGGGGCUGAGCACCUUCACUCACUCACUCACUCACUUACUCACUCACUCACUCACACACGCGCGCGCACACACACCAGAGCCUCUGCUGCAUCGAGAGGCUGGAGAGGAGAGCGGAGGAGGAUACAGAGGGACGCACAGGCUGGGGAUAGUCCAGUGGAGAAGCCAAGCCCGGAGAGGGACAUGAUCACCGGGGGACUCGUGCGCUAAUAUGCCCGCGUGUUCCACGGGGGAACCUCAGCACCACAGAGUUCUCGGUACACCUGCUCCAUACACAGCGAUCAUGUGGAGCAGCUGACGUGUGCGAUGGAUCUGGACCUGCAGGAUCUCACACACGCAGCCCCGUGUCGUCGUUGUCGCUCCCCCGCGAAGCAGCCCGGCCCCGGGUUCUGACUGAGCCUCCCCUCCCGCCCUCCCCCCUCCCCUCCCUGCCUCUCCCCGGUCGUCCCUCCAUCCUGGGCCCACCAUGGGAGGAUGCUUCUCCAAACCCAAGCCAGUUGAAGUUAAAGUGGAACUCUCUCUCCUGGACAAAGAGAAAGAGGUGGACGGGCUGUCGCCCAACGGCAAAGCCAGUCCCUUUGCCGACUGCAGACCCAACGGGGCCCUGGGACACGGGUCUGAGGAGGACUCCACUCCGCUCCCUCUGUACCACAAACCACGGGACUACGUGGAGGCCUCCGUCUGCCACGUCAAAGACCUGGAAAACGGACAGAUGCGAGAGGUGGACUUGGGGAGCGGCAGAGCCCUGUUGAUCAAGGAGCACGGGGAGUUCUCGGCCAUGGCCCACAAGUGUCCACACUACGGAGCGCCGCUGGUCAAAGGCGUGCUGUCCAAAGGGCACGUGCGCUGCCCGUGGCACGGCGCCUGCUUCCACAUCGCCACGGGGGACAUCGAGGACUUCCCCGGCCUGGACAGCCUGCCCACCUUCCAGGUCAGAGUUGAAAAGGACAAGGUGAUCAUUCGCGCAAACAAGCAGGCCCUGCAGUCACAGAAACGCUCGAAGCCCAUGGCCCGAUGUUCAGCCGUCAUCAACUCCAACUCUGGCUUCAGCCAUGUUGUCAUCAUCGGUGCAGGUCCAGCGGGUCUGGUGUGUGCGGAGACGCUGAGGCAGGAGGGCUUCACCGAUCGCAUCGUCCUGUGCACCAUGGACAGACAUCCUCCGUAUGACAGGCCUAAACUGAGUAAGUCCCUAGACAACACAGCGGAGCAGCUGAGACUGCGCUCCACUGAAUUCCUGCAGGACCACGACAUCGAGCUGCUCACGGAGAAAGAGGUCGUGGCUGUGGACGUGAAAACGCGGUCCGUGACCUUUGAAGACGGCGUGAGGAUGGAGUACAGGAAACUCUUUAUCGCUACAGGAAGCAAACCCAAACCAAUGAACUACAAAGGCAAAGAGGUCAAGAACGUGUUUCACCUGCGGACGCCCGAGGACGCCAACAGCAUCGCGCGACUGGCCAGCAACAAGAACGCCGUGAUUGUGGGAACCUCGUUUGUUGGGAUGGAGGUGGCGGCGGCGCUGACGGACAAAGCCCACUCAGUGUCCGUCAUCGGGAUCGAGACGGUGCCCUUCAAGAAAGCUCUCGGCGAGAAAGUGGGGAAGGCGAUAAUGAAGCUCUUUGAGGCGAACAGGGUGAAGUUCUACAUGCUGAACGAAGUGUCCGAGAUGGUCGGCCAUCACGGACAGCUGAAAGAGGUGGUGCUGAAGAGCGGCAAAGUCCUGCGGGCGGACGUGUGCGUCAUCGGCGCAGGGAGCGUCCCUGCUACAGACUUCCUGAGGCAGAGCAGCGUCCACGUGGACUCCAAGGGCUUCAUCACCGUCAACAAGAUGAUGCAGACCAACUGUGACGGGGUCUUCGCUGGGGGGGACGUGGUGAUGUUUCCUUUCCUGCCACGCAACAACAAGAGGGUGAACAUCCCCCACUGGCAGAUGGCGCACGUUCACGGGAGGGUCGCGGCCCUCGGCAUGAUGGACAGAGCCACUGAGAUCAAAACGGUGCCUUAUUUCUGGUCAGCCAUGUUUGGGAAGACCAUCCGCUAUGCAGGUUACGGUGAUGGAUUUGAUGAUGUCAUCAUACAAGGAGAUCUGGACGAACUGAGAUUUGUAGCAUUUUAUACGAGGGGUGAGGAAGUGGUUGCAGUCGCCAGCAUGAACUAUGAUCCCAUUGUGUCCCGAGUGGCAGAGGUCUUAGGAUCUGGAAAGACGAUUAAGAAGCGAGACGUGGAGAUGUUAGCGCGGCUUGGCAAGACUGGGGACAUUUCCUGGCUGAUUGACAAAGGCGCUCAAUGAUUUCACCGCUGAAGCCGCGACAGACAGACCCGAGGUCCAUGUGACGCCUCUACACGGACACUUUUGGUGCUGAGACACUGAGCAGCUAACCUGGAAUGGACAGACACGCUGUGGGGACAGGAUGGGUCUCAGACACACUCCUGAGGACAACACUGGAACUCGCUUUUGCUCCAGAAAGAGGCAGUCGUACGGGGUCUGACUACACUGAAUCACUGUGUUGGCACAUUCAUGAUCCUGUUGUCAUGUUUCCAACGAAACAAUAUUGGUUUCAGCUCCUGCUCUGCUGCAAAAUGUAACUACCUGCACACUUUGUUUAUAAGAAGCCAGGAAAAGGUCUUUUUGUACAAAUAACAUUGUAUAUAAGUAUAAUCCUGAAUGCACUGUAACACAAUAAGAACAUACAAUUUGAACUGAACUUUUUUUAAAUAACCGAUUGGUCGUAUGCUCUCAAACAGACCCUGUAUCUGCAUGGAACAACUAACUGUAAGAUAAGCUCCAAACUAAGCCCUGAGACAGAUAUUUUAAAGUACAAGCAUCAGCAAAGAAAGCUUAAAUCUGCAACAAACCAAUAAUGACUUUAGAGAAUCCUAAAUGCAGCUUAGUCCAGUUCACCAUCACACACACAGCUCUAAUUGAUGAUAAAAUAGCAUUUACGGUAACGUCUGACCUCUUCCUGCUGGUUGCCUUGCUAGUAGAUUGCACAACUGAAAUUUUUAAUCGUACUUUGAUUCAAGACUAGUGCUUGUGCCAUAGGUCCAUGUAUUUCCUACAAGAUAUCUCCCCUCUAGACAAAUCCAAUAGUAGCAUAAUGUUAUUUUUGAUAGCCGUCAGCUCCAUAUGGAUGUUACUUGUUACUAACUCAGGGAACUGAGGUUUGAGGCCUGGGCCCACUGGUCCUUCUGCAAAACUGAUUUGUUGCUUUCAUAUUUUGGUCCAAGUUAUUGCAUUUCAUUCAGAAGUACUUGCAUGGUGGAGCGUGGACUAAAAACAAAUGCUUGGUUACAGCCUGAUGUGCUGACGAUCCCAAAACACUGGAGCCCUGACACAGUAGUCGACACAGCAUUUUAAGAAGCAUCGCUCCUCCUACAGAAAAGCCUGGGUGGCAUUUUUAUAACAAAAACCUUUGAAAUAAAAGUCUUCCAACACUGAA